CCACAUCUUAUACAUAGUCAUCUAAAACAAGAAAACCUCAUUCUUCUCUUGUUUGUACAACUAGUUAUAGUACUAGCUCUUGAGUUAUUCUUUUUCGUCGCAAUAAUAACUACGUCUCAAUUCAGAACUAAUCAAAGUCAAUUAUAUAUAUAAAUUCUCCAUAUACGUGCUGUCCUUUCUUGUCCCAUUUAUAGUUAGUCUUUGGCUCUUUGCUUCCUUUUUUUGUCCCAUUGAUAAUUAGUCUUUGGCUCUUUACUUUCUUUUAAUUAAUACUACUUUAUUAUCACCAUUACUACUCUACAAGAAGCCAAACGGUCCCUAAAAAAAAGUACUCCAUCAAUAUUAUAAACUCCAUUCAACUUCAUAUUUUCAGUUACAACUUCUUGAAAAGCUUUUUCAAUAGCCAAUGUCAAGAAUCCUCUUGCUUCUACCAAAAAAAAAAUUUGAUACUUCUGACCUCGAGGCGGAGAUACCUUCAAGUUAGCGGCAAGGUCUGCGUACACACUACUCUCCCAAACUCCACUUAUGAGAUUACAUUAGGUUUUUUUUUUGUUGGUGAUCUCGAGGCAAAGAUCCUCUAUACUUAUAGAGAGUUAGUUCUCAUAUCAAGGCGGUAAAGAAAAAUCGUGGAUUUGUUAUUGUUGUUGUUGAGCUUGAGGCGGAGAUCCUCUAUAUUCAUUAAGAGUUAAAAAGCGUCAUUUCUUAUAUCGAGACGAUAAAGAAAAGUAUCUAUCUUGGCAACAAAGCAUCAAACACAUCAUUGACUGAUAGUUUAUCUUCCGAAUCGGUUAACAAAAAUAUGGGGAAAGUGAGAGGAUUUAGGCUUGGAAAAAGGUUAGUGAGAGUUUUCAAGUGGUUUAUUCAUAGGAGAAGAAGGGGAAGAAUCAGCUACAAACGGCUAGGAUCUUCAAAGUAUGCAACAAGAGCAAUUUCAAAGCUAUGUAAUUUGGGAAAUUUGUUGAAAUAUGGUGCAAAAGGUCUUAAUUUUACAAGGCCGAAUUCGGGUUAUAUUCGGGUCGGGCAAGAUUUCAUGGAGCAGAAGGAAAUGAUUGUACCAAAGGGUCAUUUGGCUGUGUAUGUUGGUGAAAAGGAAGAUAAUGCAUGUAGAGUUUUAGUGCCUGUGAUUUACUUUAAUCAUCCUUUGUUUGCUGAUUUAUUGAGAGAGGCUGAAAUGGAAUAUGGGUUUAAUCAUUCGGGUGGGAUCCAAAUCCCUUGUCGGAUAUCCGAAUUCGAGUACGUUCGAUCAAGAAUCGCCGCCACGGGUGGUGGUGGAAGAUGCCCCGGAAGGCGGAGCUGGACGCAUAAGUAUUGGUGAGUUGUGAUCAGAGACGAAAUUAAAAUUUAAAAAUAUUUUUUUUUAAGGUAACAUGUUUGUGGAGAAAGUAGUGUGAGUAAUUUUUGAUUCACUACUUAAUUAAUUUCUGCUCCGAUUACGACCAUGUUAAGGGUUGUUAUUCUGUUUUAGUGAUCAGUUCGCUAGUUUCUUUGAUCCCACUCGGUCUUAUUUCUGUUGCCGGAGGUACGGAGGUUUAGUUUAAUAUUAUAUUUUGUCAAAAAAAUAAUGUAAAAGUUUUUACAAUUAUGCCAAAACUUGGGUUCUUAGGGUGUGGAUGAUAUAAUAUUUGUACAGAGUAUUUGUUGAA